CUGAUCAGGCUUCAGCCUUCACUCAUUCAUGCAGAGUCACUGAAUGUCCCAUGCCAUUUAGCUGCCAAGUCCCACAUCAUGCAUCAGGAGCAGCAUGGCCGGCCCUCCACAUCCUUCUCCUGCAGACCUCAUUAUGAAUCAGGGAAGAGGAUGCUUUAUACAGGUCCAGACUACGCCAGAGAUUACAGACCAAAGCGCCCCGAUUGUCCCCGAUACAUAGGAGAACAUAUGCCAUCCGUUGAAAGCACUAGUGAAGUGGAUUACUUAUGGCGUGCUGCACCAGGCGCACCUGCACCGCUGCCUAAAGAAUGUUAUGUAGGCGGAAUAGGCUGGGGAGUGCCUGAAUUUACCUUCCACAACAUAAAUCAGCUUGGUAGUAGCUACCAGAUAAAGGUAGGGGUAUUUCGCAGAGCCUGUGAAGAUAGAGUAACUCACAAAUAUCAAAAUCCCUGGCACCCUCCACCACAUAUACUGGAUACAGAAGGGCCUGGAUCAAGAGCUACAUUAGCAUGGACCCAGGAAAGAUAUGAUGAUUACAUGAAUCGGCCCUUGUCAUCACUGCAUGAGAGAAGCAAAACACCAACUCUAAAUCCGGACUACUUCCACCAGAAGCAAUGGUGUGUAAGACAUGCACAGCACACACUACAUCCAGACGAUCAAGGGAAAUCACUUACUGAUGCUCUGGAGCUGGACAAAAAGUAUGGAAAAGCAAUGUCCUGGUUGAGACCCGCCAGGAAGAGAGUUUUCUUCCUUGCAGCGCUGGAGGUGUCCCACAAGCACAGUGAUGAAUUCUCCCAAGUGCGCUGUCAGCUAACCUACUCUCAGUAG